GUUUUCAAGGUUGGCUAACAUGAGAGCAGUAAGUAGAUAUGACAAAUGAAUUGGGCUGUGGGUGCUAAUUGUUACCUACUUCGGGCUGUUCUCACACAUGGAAAAAACUGGGACCUUGUCAGUGAGUCAUUAAGAACGUCUUGCAAGACGUUCUUGAAAGAUGAAAAUGUACAGGAUCUCUCAAAACAGAGUUGUUCGCUUCAAUAUAAAUAUAUUAUUGCAUCCGCACGUCAAAGAAAUCCAGGCGAUUUAACAGAGAGCCAACUCUUAAACAUUUCACUAGAUCAUUAUACUACGUUGAGACGUGAGCAGUUGCAUGCUGCUCGGUUGGAGAUCCUGCGGGCUAUGAAGAUUGAGGAAGAGGAUGCAGAAAAGUUGCGACAAGGCCGAUAUUCUGAAAUACCUCCAGACAGGUUACUGACCUAUAGAAAAAGAUGUCGUGCACUCGGGAUUCCGGACAAAAUAGGUCGUUGUUUAAAUAUGGAACCGUUGUCUCCUGUUUCAGAGGAAAAUGACCGAACUGUCAAGAAGCUUCCCACUACACUACAACGUCCAAAUACUAAAAUUGAGAAAGAAACAAUUGACCAGAAUGGUGGUAUCUGGAUUCCUGUCGGAACCCCUUUUAUUUAUGGGCUAUUCGAAGAGAGGUGUGAUUACAUUCAGGAAUCAUCAUUAGCCAACUUCAUACGUGCUCAAGCUAUUAUUUCACAAAGACUGGGUUUCGAAGGACAUGAUGAUGAAAUCUCAAGUCUAGAUACUACAUCAUCCAUCCAGACUCACUCAGAGGUUACAACUAGCCAUAAUCAAGAAGUCAAAGUCGAAGAGUCACCCAGAGCAUCUGAACAGCUUAAUAACUUAGAUAGUGACUCAAGCAAAAUAAGAAUACAAACAAGCCCUUCCAAGUGUUUGGAGAUCCUGGAUGAACCAAUUACUCCUAGUAGUUCCGCUCUUGUAAGUGACUCAGAAACACUGGCUUCUCCACACUUUACUCAGAGCCUUAAUUCAAGUCCUGCACUAAGUCUUGCGGAAACUCAAUCACCAUCCUUUAAAGCCGUUAAUCUGAACCGAAAACAUAAUCAUACAAAGAGGAAGAUAUCGACUCCUGCUCCUGUUUAUCAAAACCAAGUGGGAGAGUUCACUUCAGCUCUCAGUCCCUCAAUAUCUACCAAUCUCAAUAACGAUGAACUUACAGAUACAUCUCAGUCAUCAGUUUGUGUGGCUCGACGAUGGAGAAGAUCUCUUCUGUCAGCACUUUCUACGGUGUACAGCCAUCGUCAUGCUUAUGUGUUUAUGCAUCCUGUAACUGAAGAUAUAGCUCCCGGGUACAGUACUGUUGUUUAUGAGCCAGUGGACUUAACGUCCCUUAGGCGCCGUAUGGAGUCGUCACUCAGUUACUUGAUCAGUUCUCAGCAGCCUUCUGCUCUAAAUCCAUCUGUUUCUUCUUAUCGAGUUAUCAUUGAGAUCGCAAGACGUUUCAUUCGUGAUCUUUUGCUAAUGUUUAUGAAUGCAAGAAUGUACAAUAGUCAAAAUCACGAAGUCCACCGAAUGGCUGGGGAGAUGUAUCAUGACGUCAUUAGUGAACUUCAACCUCUUUGGUCUAUUAUGGCUGAGGAUAUUCCAGGAUUCCCAUCUCUGCCUUUAUUGAAUCUAACUCCUCCACAGACUACGCGUUCCUUACAGCAAUCUAUUGUAGUGUCGACUGCCCCAACUACUAGUCCUUUACAUCCUGCUUCAUGUGUGCUUAAAGAUGAGGAGUCGAAUGCUAGCAAGCAGUCUUCUAGUUUUUGCAUCAAGCAAAACAAGCGUCCUGCUCCUGAAGGUUCGUCUCCUUCAAGUCCACUGCCUCGUAAACAUCGUCAUUCGUCUGGAAGUGAUUCUGCAGUCGGAGCUAUUACAACGCGAUCUAAAUAAAGUUCAUGUCAUUUUGUAUUUACAUUAUUAAAGUUAUUGUAAAAUAUAGUAUUAUUUCUUAGUUGGUUUUUGUGUAUUCGGUUUUUUAAUCUUACAGUUACGUAAACACUAUAUGUUUUAUCUUCUAGAAUUUAUGAAUGCCUUUUAAGCUGAAAGCCAUAUCCAAUUUCGAUGUGACGAAAGAUGAACGCGAUGGAAAAGUGAGUGUUUUUAUUCCUUGUUAACUAACCUAAAAUCAUUUGUAUACGGUGCAAUUAAUGGAUUAAGUGAAAUAAAAAGUUGGGUAACCGAUAUUUAGUUACAUACUUCUCGUGAAACAUAGGCCACCGGCCAGGAUUAUCCAACCCACUCUAUCCUGGGCUCUCCUUUCCAGUUUAUUUCAAUCACUGUUCAUUCCUUUGAUAUCUGCCUCUGAUUCUCGAUGUAAUGUGUUCUUUAGGCUUCCUCUUUUCCUUUCCCCUUCAGGAUUCCAAGUUAGCGCUUGUCUCGUUACGUAGUUUGGUGAUUUCAGCAAUGUAUGUCCUA